AUGCUCCCUGAAGAUUCUGACGAUCCAGAGAAGGUCUUGAAUGUCAUGAAAAGCAACGGGGCAUUCAACAAACAUGUACCGGCCGAGAACGUUCCAGGACUCGAGCGCGUCAUUAGAGCCGCCAUCGAUCCAAAGUUCCCCCACUUCAACGUUGCGGUGCUUCUACACUUGUGUCGUCGCAAGAGAGCAGUCAGGACUCCGCCCAACAAUCAUGUUCAUGUGGGUCUACCGAGUCGGCAGCACGUUAUCGCUUUGGGAAACUGCAAGUUCUCCGAAGACGAGAUACCGGAACCUCGACCAACCGAAGUGACACAGUUCCUGGACAACUUGAAAGCGGCCGAACUAGAAUAUUUUUUAGCCAACAAUGGGGAAGCCCAAUAUCAAGCAAGACCUUCCGCGUGUGAGCACGCUGAGCAUAUUGCCGAUGUUCUCGAGGGAAGGCGAGUCCCAACACACUGUGAGGUUUCUCUUUUGCGAGACGAGAACACAGAAACCGGUCAAGCGAAUGUUGGUUCUCCGCCGCCCAUUGCGUCUCCAUCUCCAAGAAGAACGCCCGGUGUCAAGAAACAGGCGACACCAAGUGUAGCCUCUGCUGUCACCCGGAAAUUGCCGCACAAAAUCCCUCAAUACCGGUACAAGUGCAGACACCAGUCCAUUGGUUCAACUGUUGCGGCAUCAGGAACGAGAACUCCAGGUUCAGCUAAUCGAUCUCGCGGAUCCUCUGUACCGGCAUCCCAUACUCCCCGUAGUCAAAACCGUUCGGGCACAAAAGCUCCCGGUGGAAAAGGCCGAAACAAACACGGCCUGAAAUCUCCUACCAACGGUACCGGUACAGGACAAGCAUCGCGGCAUCCGAGUCCAAACCGUUCGGGAAGUGCAACUUUCCGUGGACAAAGCGGAAACAACAAAGCCUCCACAAGUCCUACCGCAGCGCGCAUGAGUGGACAAACCCAGUCUCGAAAACGAGGGAGCAGUGAAGUAAUGUACGAUAGCCAGAGGAACAGGCGAAGGAAGCGGAAAAGAGAGCGAAGCGCAGCAAGAGAUUCGGCAACGAUUAAAGCGGUACACGAUGAUUGCCCGUAA